AUGGUUGAGAGACCUGGGAGUCAGUCAGACUGUAUCAGACUGCUGAAGAGACUGGUUCAGACUCUGAGACUGAAGGAGAUAAUAAGGACUUUGGACCAUCCUUGUGGUGACUCUUCUGCUAAGACCAAGGCUAGUCCAGAGAUCCUCCAGAAAGCUAGCCCGGACACUUGGGAGCAGCAGGACCCCGAGAUAAUGACCAGGGACUGGAGGGAGGAAUUUGACAAAAAGGAAGUGAUAAUGUUCAAGGAUGUGGCUAUAGGCUUCACAUGGGAGGAGUGGGAGCUAUGGGUCCCCUCUCAGAAAAUGCUGUACAAGGAGGUCAUGGUGGAGAACGCCCAGAACCUGCUCUUCCUGGGGCUUCCAGUUCUCAAAGAAGAGGUGUUCUCUUAUUUUAAGCAAAGGGAAGCACUGCAGAUGCUGGAACAAGAAGGCCUGAGGACCUGCUCUCCAGAAAGGAACAACUUAAAUGAAGGAAAAGCAAAGACUGAGCCAUUCUAUGGUAGAAACUUCCAAAAACGUUUUGAAUGUAACCAGUGUGGAAAGGCUUUUCAAAGGAAGAACAAUCUUAUUAUACAUCAGAUAAUACACACUGGAAAGAAACCUUAUACAUGUAACCAAUGUGGAAAGACUUUUAGAAGCAAAGGAGGUUUAACUAGACAUCAGAUAAUACACACUGGAGAGAAACCUUUUGAAUGUAACCAUUGUGGAAAAGCUUUUGGAAGGAAGAGCGAUCUUAUUGUACAUCAGAUAACACACACUGAAGAGAAACCUUAUGAAUGUAACCAUUGUGGAAAGGCUUUUAGAAGCAAGAAAGUUUUUACUGCACAUCAGAGAGUUCACACUGAAGAGAAACCUUAUAAAUGUAACCAAUGUGGAAAGGCUUUUAGAAGCAAGGGAGGUUUUACUGGACAUCAGAUAAUGCACACUGGAGAGAAACCUUUUGAAUGUAACCAUUGUGGAAAAGCUUUUGGAAGGAAGAACAAUCUUAUUGUACAUCAGAUAACACACACUGGAGAGAAACCUUAUGGUUGUAACCAGUGUAGAAAGGCUUUUAAAACCAAGGGAGAUCUUAAAAGACAUCAGAGAAUCCACACUGGAGAGAAGCCUUAUGAAUGUAACCAGUGUGGAAAGGCUUUUACAAGCAAGAAAGAUUUUACUGAACAUCAGAGAAUCCACACUGGAGAGAAACCUUUUGAAUGUAACCAGUGUGGAAAGGCUUUUAGAAGGAAGCGAGCUUUUAAUGAACAUCAGGGAAUCCACACUGGAGAAAAACCUUAUGAAUGUAACCAGUGUGGAAAAGCUUUUGGAAGGAAGAGCAAUCUUAUUGCACAUCAGAUAACACACACUGAAGAGAAGCCUUAUGAAUGUAACCAGUGUGGAAAGGCUUUUAGAAGGAAGACCGAUCUUAUUAUACAUCAAAGGAUCCACACUGGAGAGAAGCCUUAUGAAUGUAACCAGUGUGGAAAGGCUUUUACAGAAAAGGGAACUCUUAAUACACAUCAGCAAAUCCACACUGAAGAGAAGCCUUAUGACUGUAACCAGUGUGGAAAGGCUUUUAGAAGGAAGACCUAUCUUAUUAUACAUCAAAGGAUCCACACUGGAGAGCAACCUUAUAAAUGUAACCAGUGUGGAAAGGCUUUUAAAGAAAAGGGAAGUCUUAAUACACAUCAGCGAAUCCACACUGAAGAGAAGCCUUAUGAAUGUAACCAGUGUGGAAAGGCUUUUAGAAGGAAGACCGAUCUUAUUGUACAUCAAAGGAUCCACACUAGAGAGCAACCUUAUAAAUGUAACCAGUGUGGAAAGGCUUUUGGAAGGAAGACCAAUCUUGUGAUACAUCAAAGGAUCCACACUGGAGAGCAACCUUAUAAAUGUAACCAGUGUGGAAAGGCUUUUAGAAGGAAGGGACAUCUUGUUGUACAUCAGAUAAUACACACUGGAGAGAAACCUUAUGAAUGUAACCAGUGUGGAAAGGCUUUUAGAGAAAAGGGAACUCUUAAUACACAUCAGCGAAUGCACACUGGAGAGAAGCCUUAUGAAUGUAACCAGUGUGGAAAGGCUUUUAGACAUAAAUCCAGUCUUACUCACCAUAACCGUACCCACACUUUAAAGAAAACUUAUGAAUGA